CUUGAAAAACAUUUAAUUGCUUUACGAUUACCAUUCAUGAAAGUUAUAAAUUUAACAUCAGGUAAAUUAUCAAGUAGAUUAGCACAAAAAGGUACUAAAGGACCACUUCAUUGUGUACCAUCAGAUGUACAAGAUACUGUAACCACAUUGCCUCGUUCAGUUGAUAAAUCCAUGAUGGUCCGAUUACAAUUGAAACGACGACUAAAACAUAAAGCUGUAUGGGAAGAACAAUUAAUAAAUCCAAAUGAUGUAAGAGAUGCACUAUUUGUUUUAACUAAGAUGCAUCCAGGCUAUAAAAAUAUAAAGAUAAAUGAAAUUGAUGAAAAUUAUCUUACAUCUGAUCAAGAAAAAAAACUACGACAAUAA